UGAAAAAUGGCUACCGCUGUGAUAUGUGUUUCUCUGUUUAUGGUAUAAAGUAAAUUCUUGUGAACACUGAACUAUGGCUGCCUUUCGUAAAUUAGAGGCUGUCAAUAGAGUGAAAAGCAAACAUGGUUCCUAUUAUUUAAAGGACACCACUGUGACGGGAAAACCCAAUCCUGUGUAUCAAGCUCUUGAUCAAGAGAUUUCCAUGUUUGUAGGUUACAUGAAGAAAAGAUCAUCUCCAAACUACAAAAAACCCGAUGAUGAAUCGUAUUCAAGACCCUACAACACACUGUUUGAUUUGUGGAACAAAUUUGAACCACGACUUCCAAAAGUAUAUUAUCAGGAGAAACUUCUUGAGGUUGGAGAUUUCCUGAUUACUAUUAAGGAAUACCAGUUGGCUCUGUGGCAGUGUUAUGAUCGUUAUUUGCAGUUCUUUGGUGACAUCAACGUGCAUGAACUAACAGAUGUCAAUGUGUUCAGAAAAAUUUUCUUUCCGAAUGGACUUAGUGCAGAUAACAUUGGACUUACAUUCCGUGCGUUGAUGGGUAAGAGUAUCAGCAGUUACCGGAUGGUGAAGAUGAGUGACCCAAAGCUGCAGAACAAGCAGUCGGUUGACCGGUGUGUCGACAUCCUUGCAUUCCUCAGACUCGUCAUGCAGGUCAUCCUGCCCAAGGAAUCACUCUGCUGGCUUGUGUAUAACGGGACAAUUCACAUCUAUAAUAUGUCAAGACACAUCAUGUUACUCGGACAUUCAGCCAAGGUCCUCGAGUUUCUUCUGUGGGCGUGUAUGUGUAUGGAAACGUCCGUUCCUCUGAUGGGAGUGAAGUACAUCCCGUGGCGUUCGACUCUCUACACAGCUGUAUGUCAGUGUUACUACGACUGUAAAGCAGGCCAGCAUGCAGAGGCGUUUGCCAGACGUGGUCUUCUGAAGAUUAAUGAACUCAGCAAGCUAGAGAGCAUCAGCAGUUCCCAUGAAACUCACAACGCCGAGAGCUCGUUCAGACUGUCUGCUGUCAAGAUGGCCAUCAUGGUUUACAAGAGGAGUGUGAUGGAAACAAGACGGAAGCCAAAAGGUCUUCUCAGACCCAAAACCAGAGCCAACUUGAGAGAUGCUAUGAAUCAACCCUGGCCUCGGACUCCAUCUGAGAAGCUGCUGUCUGAAAUGUUUGAAGGAAGUGCUGCCCAGUUUCUGGCUAUUCUUGAGAGUAUACAGGACACAAAUCGCAGGAUUGUCAUCACGUCACCGCCAGCAGCAGACAACGAACCAGAAAUACUGGACGUCUUCUGUGAACUGUUCCUGGCAGCUCAAGAAAUCUUAGCAGGUGGAGGCGGACUAAAGGGUGUGGCUACCACUGGUAAACCAAUGAGUGUUCUCGGAGGACCACCUCUUGCUGCGGUCACCACAGACAAGGAACUCAUGGAGAUGGUCACACUUGGUCAAGACGGAGUGUCCCUCAGUGCGGUGGUCCGAGUUGUGAAGUGGGCCUAUAACUACGAACAGUGGGACACGUUCGACAGUCUUGUUGAGCCGGUGCUCUCUCAACUGAAGAGUCAGAAUGAUGAUGUGUUUGUGUGGGACAUAAAAGCCUUGGAGCUGCUGUUGGCUCUACAAAAACUGAAUGUCAGCAACCGACGGUUCAAACGUCUGGCUAACCAGCCAGAUGAGGAAAAGGAGGAAGGAGCUAAUCAGGAGCCUACCACACAGGCCAGUCAGAUCGGACCCCCUCCUUCAGCUGUGACAGGCAACUCAUCAGUAACAAGUGAUGAUCUCGUCAAUCUGGCGGGAAUUCUCAUGUCUGUUGUCACCGGACCCUAUCUGCAAGAGAAGAUCGAGAUCGACAUGAUUGUUGAUGCUGGUUUGUUUCUGUGGAGCAAAUGUAAAGCUGUCUUCCAGAAAUACCAGACUGGUUCCGUGGAUAAUUACCGAUAUCUCAGCAAGAUGGAACACCCGACCAAAUGGAUCUAUCUGCUAGACGCGGUGCACCAGGUCCUGUGUUGGUGUGGUAUCAGCAGUGUUGACCCGGGACUGACGGCGGAGGUUGUUAUUCGGCUUGCACUCGUGUAUGAGAGCAGCUCUCAAGUGGAGGGAAUUGAUGAAUUGUGUUGUAGUAAAUGUUUAAGAUUCUGUGAAGAAAAUGUCAACGUUCUGUCCGGUUUGAAGGACUCAAAGACAUCCCUCACUGACCUGGGCAUGAGCAAUGAAAAUGAUCGCCCACACCCAGCCAAGUUUGUAGCCAGGAACCAUCUGUUACAAGCAAGAGAAAUACUGGAACUUGGGCUCAAGAACGUAUCGUUCGCUCGACAAGCUGUGGCUCUGAAUGACAUCCAGACUGUUGCUGACGUCAGUUGGGUCAAGAGAAUAUUUGAAAUGAUGGACUACGUGGACGUGUUUCCACCUGAAACACUGAGAAACUCAGUGGGAGACCUGAGCGAGGACCUGGGGGUGAACAUGGAUAAGUUUAUGCCUGCCAACAUGAAGGGCUCGGCCACCGCUGUGUGGAACACAGUGAAGGACCUGCAUCUCGAACUGAUCCUCAUGCACCACAGAGUAUGUCUCAAGCUGGCAGACCUCGGACCAGACCCAAGAAAUAAGAAUCCAAAGUCAAAGAGGGUAACUGGUUCAGAAAUGAUGUUUGGCAGUGACAGACAGGUGACUGACACGUAUGUGGAGAGUUUUGAUGAGCUGUGUAGCAAAUGCAACAAGAACAAUCUUUCAAAAGCAGUGCUGUAUAUGCAGAAAGCAAUCCUCAACGAGAGAAAGAAUGCACCAGUCAAAACUCUCAAAGAACUCCUUGAGGAGGCAGUGUCAUUUAUAAAGAAAGCUCAAGCGGAGGAAAAACGUCUGUACCUGGACAAUCUGGCUCUGUCGGAACAGGCUCCUCAGAAAAUCAAGGUUCCACCACCACCAAUACUGCUGAGUCGGAGAGACACCACCAUGGUGUUCAAACCAGCUCCAUUCAUUCCGGCUGGGGGACAGAAGGUAGCUUGGUAUCGCCUGUUUGGUCGUUCAGCCUCUGGCAGUAACGUCAAAGUGAGGAUCAAUGAUUACUUCCUGCAGGGAACAGGAGAAGAGAUCCCUGCAUUUGACUGUGAACUGCGUGUGUCUGGUCUGUGUCCGAAUGAACGCUACAUAUUUGCUGUUGGCGCGUACACGUCUGAUGGGAGACUCAUAGGAGAUGCAGUCGGGGAGUCAAGCAGGCCGAUUCUCGCAUCACAUCCACUUCCUGUUCUCAUGACCUGGGCUUUACUAUCACAGAUUGCCUACCAGUCGAGUUGUUUCCAGAUUGCCAAACAAGCUUGUAGUGUUCUCUGGGAUCAUUUUGUGGCUGAAGUCCUCCCACCACAGGGAGAUACGUUUGUCACAACAGUGAAGAAAGACUUCAAGUUAACACCACUCAGACUAAACCAGCGAGCUCUGAGCCUUUCUUCACCAGUUCUUCUGAGACAAUUUUUGACGUCAAUUUUCAUCGGAGUGGACAUUGAUGUCAGGGAGGGAGAACUCUUCUGUGAUGUCUUGUCUGACAAGGGACCUCUCUACAGUGGACAGAUGAAGCGUCUGGGGGAGUGUGAGCGAUUGAUUGUAGCCAUGGAGCUGGCAGGCUGGCUGAAUGAAGCCAACUCGGCACUGCAGGCCGUUAUCCAGUGUUACGGGCUGCUGGCGCCACUGCUGUUCUACAAGAUCCCGUCACGUGCUGUCAUCCAGGUCCUCAUACGGUGUCACGCCGUCAUGCAGGAGGUCCCCACCGGGCUUAUCCAGAAACGACAGGGGCAGAUCGCAGACAGUCUCCACCACAUGAUCGCAUGCAUUACCUUCCACAUGGUCAAGGUUUUGAGGACAUGGGGCCAGAAGAAACUGGCAAAUGAUUUCAAUGAUGCUGGCCGCCGACUGUUGGCCCUGGAUGAACGGGAUGAGAAGAAGUCCACGUCAGAAGUGGACAAGACUGACAAGGUUGAUACGGCCACAAUUGGAACUGACGGGCCGGACACUGCAUCAAAUGCACUCCAGGCGCUCAAGAGAAAGAAGUCCAGGAAAGGAGGACCGACGAUGAAGGUGGACGAACCGGAGGGUCCGGUCAACGAAGAGCUGAAGGCACUGGAGGCUAACAUGCUGAGCAUGUCAAAGGCUGCACAUGGUGAGCAUGAGCUGACAGGAAGUGAAGACCCAAACAUCCUUCAUGCGUACACAGCAUAUCUUCCCAGCAAACUCGCCUACAAAGAAGUGGUGAAGUUCAAGCGUCGAGCACGAUACCUGGAGUUCUUCGUGCACGUUUGUCAGAAUGCACUGACCGAGGGAUUCCCGGAACAAGUGAUCGAGUGGUGUGAAGACUCCAUGAACUGGCUGCAGAAGAGAAAUGAACAAAUUAUCGGGCCUCGUGCCUACAUGAGUAAACAGCCUGGAGUGAUAACGGUCAGUGGGGAUGACCCAAAGAAGUUUUCAGCAGCCAUGCUCGAAUAUCGCAAGGAAAAGGAAGGUGCUGGAAAAACAAAAACCUCUCCAAAGAGACCAGCAUUGAUGAAGAAGAAGCAAAAAUAUAAACCUCUGCGAGUUACCACCAGUAUGAGUGAUGCUUCUAAAAAGGCUCAAGAAGAAACCGAGUUGGCCGCCUUGGAAGUAUUAGCUCUCUACCUGCCAGACUUGUACCACACCAAACUUAGAAGACGGCGGAUGAGAAAAAUUGCCAAUGAUGAAAUGCCUUGGAGAUGUAUGCUGAACAUCAAUCUGGGUCUGAGUCACUUUGGAACUUUCCUGCAGAAGUUGGAAAAGAGAGAAAAGGUUCUAGGUUCUUCUGGCAGCAACAUGUAUAAAACCAACUUCUUGGAUCAGGAGUGGUUUACAUUUGAGACUGCGUGUACACUGGUGGUGGGCUGGGAUGGCGGACCCUCCCCCCAAUCGGCUGGUAAACCCCCCGAGAAGGUGCAGCUCCUAUCACCCACUGUGAUGAGUCUGGAUCUGGCAGUUGACCCAGAAAAAAUGGCACGAACUGGGAUUGAGAUGGCUGCUGCUGUUGUUACAGGAGUGUAUCCUACGAGUAUUACAGGUGUUGCCCCACAUCCUGUGCCGUCGAUUCAUCCUGAAAGAGAUGAAGUGCAUCCGGACCCCAAUGUACCACAUAAUGUGGAGGUGAAACAUUACCCCCAGAUUGACCCUGACACCUCGCCUCUCUCUACCAAAGCUACGACGGAGGCACUCUGCAAGACAUUCAUGUACUUCAAACGAGCUGUGAUUCUGGCUCACCGGGGACAGCACUGGACCCUGUUACAGAACUCUGCACGUGCGUUGUGGAACUGCGCUCACACGGCCCUUCUGCGAGCGUUUACCCCCAACCAGGGUGGCCAGGAUGCGGGAUUGCUGGCGAUGGAUGUACUGCGGUCACUGCUGUGGCUUCCACUGCACACCGCGGCCGACUGUCUGCUGGACAUGAUGGUAAACCUUCAGGCAGACCUCGACAGUCAGGCCAGCAAGGCUAAAGUGAAAGGCAAACAUCUUGGCAGUUACUUUGAGUCGUGGAUGGGUGACAUGACGAGCGAGAAGGGUGGUGCGAGUCUGAGGUUUGAGUCGCCGCUGGAUGACAAGAGUAUCGUUGACCUCCGCUGGAUCCGCCGUCUCUGUCUGCGUGUGCUGGAACUCCUGUACCACGAACAGAAGUGGGAGAAGCUCGUCGACAUCGCUCUCAGAUUCAACGCACUCACAAAUGAUCGAUAUGCUGAGCAGGUGAUUCCUCUGAUGGUUCAGGCCCAGCGUAAACUGACUCUGCUCAUUGAGGGUCUACAUGGACUCCCCCCACCCCAGCCUCAUUUUGUGAAGCUGCAGCGGCAGCUGGGUGAAGUGAUCACGGCCAAGGACUACCUCAAGUGCCAGCUGACCCUGGCCACAAAGCCGCCAUCCGAGGCUGGAAUUGAGCUGGGCGCUCAGAUAGAUCCCGAGGGACAUAAUGCACAUUGCUUUGCAGAAUCGCAGAGACUAGUUUCAGUACCCUUGGAUGUGCUCCAGAGUUUGGAGACGUUCAGAAAGGCUCUUGACCAGACAAACUACACAUCGCGGGCUCUGAGACACGCACGCAAGCUGCUUGUACUCUAUCUGGCAGGCCAGCAGAAUGAAUCUGAUGGCCUGCUGAGCAAACAGACGAGUAAGGUUGACUUUGUGCCGAUGACCGCCCAGCCCCAGAGAACAAUCCCGCCCGACCUCAGCCUGGACCAGUUUAUGUCUGCCAGCGACGUGCAGACCACGCCCAUCCCACGGUCGCAGUUCGGCACCGUCCUUGGGGCUUAUGACAGAACCAUUGAUUUAUUGCUGUCCAAAGGUCAGAAAGGUUUGGCUUCCCAGGCUCUGCGAGAACUAGGCAACUUGUGUUACCAUUCUGGAAACCUGAGAGGAGCAUUCCGAUACUGGUCUGACUCACUAGACAUUGUCCUCAACAUGACCAACUGUCUGAAGAUGUGGCGCAGUCAGCUGAGUGAUGCGGCUGACAUCAGCAGUGAACUCAUGAAGCGCUGCGGUCUGUGGGGCUGUAUCCACGGAGGAGUCCUCGCGUCCAACAUUGCACAGUAUAUUCUGACUUCUGACCUUGGCCUCAGAAUUGAGAGCUGUUUUUUGGCUGGCUACUUUUUCAAGGCGUUGUUCCGGUCGUCGCUGCCCCACCCGACUGCUGACCAAGACUACGCCCUGUAUGAGGUUGGGGAGGGCUGUGAGGUGACCAAUCUGAUCCCGGGAAUCGACCUUCUGUCUGACCGAUUUCGCACGGACGGCCGGCAGCUGGUGUCCGCGCUGCGCUGGGUGACGGAAGAGUUGGCUCGAGGCAGACACAACCUGUUUGUUCUGCCAUUGCUGACGUUGUACCAGUACUUGACGACGUUUAUGUGUCGAGACCUGCAGCGGACGGUGGACGGGCGCGUGUUGAAGGUGCGUGUCCUCACCGACCUCGGUCUCUUCAGCGCCGCGCUCAUCACGCUGCAGCGGCUGCUACACGGCGAGCGUCUACCACACACCGCCGACAACCACUUCCGCCAGGUUGAGUCCAAGAUGAGCUCCAUCCGGUUCAACACGGAGAAACCAAUCACAAAUGUCAACAAUCUGAAGGUGCUGGAAAGUGUUCUCGACAAGCGCCUGUCGUCCAGUCUGGCCACUCUGUACGGAGCACACAUGACCUGUCACCUGUCCAUCGUCCAGGCUCAUCUGUUUGUCACACUGGCUGAUACCAUUCCUGUCCUGCCAUCACUGGAAGAAUUCAAUUCCAUACCAGAUGGUGGCCUAAGGGCAUACACGAUCAGUACGAUAUCACGUGGGGGCCUGGGUAACAAAGGGCCACAACUGGACGAACCAUCGUUGGGUGACAUGCCAAGUACUAUGAAGGAAAGAGACGAUGUCGGCAGUGGGUACGCGAGUAUCUCAGACAUGAGGCGCUUCACAGGCAGCAGGAACGACGUCACUCUGGAGGGCAUCAAGGGAACUCUGGUGGGAAUCGCGGACAAGAUGAUGUCCACCAUCUCAGAGGUGAUCCUCGAGAACGCUGACCACGACAAGGCCGGUGUGGAGGGUUUGUCUGCUGCUGAGCUGGAGCUUGUAGUUCUCUGUAAGUUGGAGCAGGCGGCCAUAGCGCGACAGAAACACCAUGCCCCGCUAGCCGCGCGGAUUGUGUUUUCUGCUCUCAAGUUGUUGCAGUCGGCAGACAUAUUCAAACCAAAGAAAGAAGUGCCACCUCCUCCAAGGGACCUGACAUCUAACACUGACAGACCGAGCUCGAUGAGGCACCCCGGUGAUGAUGAGUCACGUCGCGGCCAGCAGCCCGUGGAUGUGAGACUGGUGGAGCCUGAAAACAGCCAGUUCCAGUACCAGAACUUCCAGAGUCGGUCACGCCUCGACGCACGCCUCUGGCUUGACUGUCGCCUCGUGCUCGUCAAGAGUCUCCUCAUGCAGAUACAGGGCAUGGGGGACGUCAAAGGCCCCGACAACAAGGUGCUCAACGAGCUGUCUGACUGCCGGCAGUACUGCGCGGAGGGUCUGUGUGAGGCGGAGGCGUGCGGGGACGUGGAGAUGCAAGCCGAGUUCUAUGCGCAGGCCGCCCACCUGAACAUUAUCGAGGGCAAGAGUCUCCAGCACACCACACAGCUGUUACUGAAUGCCAUUGAACACCUGCACAAACUGCCCACUCUGUCGAACGUCGGGGAGCACCUACUGGCCGUCUGCCUCAUCUUCAAAAUGGACCUGGAGGCUGUGAACCGACCGGAACACGACUCGGACCUCAUCCUCGAGAAGUCGCUUCACAACUACAUAUACGCUCAGAAGAUAAUCCUAAAGCAGAUGGAAAAUCUCGGCCAGAAGAUCGAGCACUACAACCCAGAGGGUGAGAAGUGUCACUUGUCGUCCCCGGUGAACCCGAUAGAGAACAUCUACCUGCCGCACAUGCUGCGACUGACCCAGGUCAAACUCCGCAUCGGACACGCCAUGGCUCGCAGCGCUGCACGCAAGAUCAGGAGUGGCAUCGACUCAACAGAUCACACUGUUCUGUGGUCCAAUGCUCUUGGUGUUCUGACCACUGCUCUGGAGAUCUCGAAAAUCAGCAUCACGAGAGAAGCCAACCUGGAGGCGGAGAUCCUCUUCAUGAUGGGAAAGGUCCAGAAAAUGUUGGUUCUUAUUGGGAAAUUUUCUCCACGGGCCGCUGUCAGCACACUGUUGGAUGCUAUCAAGAUAUCUUACUGCAACGACCAUGAUCUUGGAUUAAUCCGCCAAGCCUACCUGGAGAUUGCUGCGAUCUACCUGUACAGCAGCAGAAUGAUGAAAGUUCAGAAUGGCAUCUUCCUCGAAGUCACAAGUGAUGAAAAAAUUCUAAGCAGCAGACACAAGUCUCCGUCACCAAAACGACAAAAGGGCAAGUCCCAGUCACCCGUGUCCAAGAGGCGGAAGGAGGAAACCCUGUUGGAGCGUGAGAACGACCGCCAGGCGGCAUGGACGGCAAUCCGCUGCGCCGCGGUCACCGCUCAGUCUCAACGCAGCAGGAUGCAGCUCAUCGGUGACGUCAAGGUGACCACACAGAAACUGUCAGAGAGAGCCCUCAAGAACAUCCCAGAGUUCGCUGCCCUUGAUCUUGUCAGUUCGUACGUUCUUGGGGAGAAGAAGAAAGUGUAUAAAAAGCCAAGUACUGCUAAAAGUCCUAAAAGUCAUAACCGUCCACUUAGAGUGUCGCUUCAUACACCUGCAUAUGAUGAGAUUGAAGAAGAGUUAGCUCCCUUGAUAGCAGCACAGGAAGUGAAGCAGGUUGAGACGUAUGAAGAUCAGAUUAACAAGGCAAAGAAAGAAGCUCACGGCUUAGGAUGGAUUCAUAUACUUGGAUACCAGACAAUUCUACAGCGCUUAUGCAGUACAUCAACCAUCUGCAUCUCAUCAAAGCAAAACACCAGCAAUUACAACGGAGGUGACCUUGGUCCCGAGUUUGACCUGGGAUUCAUCAGCCAUGCCCAGUUUGACACAACCUUGAACCACGACGUCGUCCGGUCGAUGCUGUUUUCCGGGACAUGGUCAGUGAGACUGAAUCAGAUGCACUCCUUCCUGAACUCCAAUCUGCCCAUCUACGCGUUCACGUGCUGCGCCAUGGCACCGCCGGCCAGACUGAGGCUGACUCCAGUGGAAACCCGCAUCCACGAUCUGCCCAUCACUGUGACCCCAUACUUCACUUCGAGCAUGGAAAAUGACCCCUAUGACGAAAACAGCGAGGAAACGAAGGAAUGUAUGCCCCCAGGAUACCGUAGCGAGCUACUGCUGUCUGACAGAAAGGCUCUAGCCCCGGACAGUAACGAGCUGAUCAUCCAGUGGUACCAGCCCUCCCUUGAGGAGGGAGACCCACUCAUUCCGGACAUGGGCUCCGUGGACCGGAGGAUCAUCAUGUUCUAUGCACGAUCCAAGGGCAAUAUGGACGAUCAAGUCAUAUUCCCAAGCUUUCUCUGGAUUUCUCAUCCACAGCUUCACGAUCUACACGACCGACUGGCCGUAUUAGCACAGAGGGCAGAGAUAUCUCUUCUGAAGAAAGAAAAACAAAAAGAGAGCACAUCGGGUACAUCAAUAGGAAAGUCAAAGAAAACUCAGAGGAUUAAAGCAUUGUCUCCCAAACCACAGAGAGAUGAGAAACUGGAGGCUUUGCUUCAACAAUGUCUUGAUGAUUGUGCCAUUCUGUUGGGAACUCCACCUCUGGAACAGGAACCAACCACAACAGAGAUUCCAUUUGAAGUAUCUCGGACAAACAUAAAGAAUCUGGAACAACUGUUUGACCCCAGCUUUGGUCUCAUCCUCAAGGGAACCGAUAUCUUACAGUGGCUUACCAAGAUGUUUCCCAUUAUGCAAAAAUACAUAGAAGAAACGUACUGAUACAAUUCCUACACAACAAAUGUGUUAAAAAAAAGUGUUACAUUUUACAACUUGACAUUUUUAACAUUACCAAGUGUUUUUGACUGGAGUUAGAGCAGUGAAGUCCCUUGCAACCCACAAUGACUGAACUGUUUUUAAAUGUUGACUAUUUUGUUUGAAACUGGUUUUUGAAAGCCGAGUGGCACAUGUUACUUAUGUAUCAUCCAUUUAGUGUGCAGUGUACAUGGGGUGCUGUCAGCAAAGCAUGGGGGGGGGGGGGGGGGGGGCAUUCAUAAUGUGUACACACAAGAACUUUUCUAACUACUUUAUUAGGUGUUAAUACUUUUUUUUAAAAAGAGAAGAUUUUUGUGCUUAUAUUCAAUCACUAAAUUAAUGUUAAAGUAUUUAGUGUGAAAACACGAGGGUUAUAUCUGAUAGCAGUAUAGAUCUAGUCUCUGAGCAAGCACACAGUGGAAUGUUAUUCUUUAUAAAACAGCGAUGGAUUAAAUGUUAAUAUUACACAUUAAACUAAGUUGUUAAUAGGUGUUUAAGUAUUAAGCUUCUUUGUAUCAAAUAUAUAUUUAUUAUAUGUACAAGAACAGCCACAAAGAACAUCCACUUGAAAUGAUCUCAUGGAAUAUCAUUCUUAACACUCCUUGAACCAAUUUAAAAUUGAUUUAAUUUAUGCACCAUUUUUAUAUUAGUAAAAUUCCAGUAUGACUUAAGCGUUAUACUACAUUUUACUAAGCUCCUGUUUGCUUACAUACUAAAUGAAUAGUCUUUUAGUACAACAUGUUUGAAAGUUUUGAUGUUCAGUUUUUGUUUGAUCCGAUAUCUGUGAUAUUUUUAAAUCUAAUUAUUAAUCUUUAUCAACAAUAUAUAAACAUAUUUAUAUUGAUAUUAUUGUGAGUUAAUUGGUUUUAGUAUUGAUAAUUUAUAUUUGUAUUUAUUUAUAUGUGUGAACAAUUCAAUAAAAUAAUAAUUCAGUAUUGCAUUUUUAUGAAUUGAAGUAUAAUGUUACAUGUUAAUAGGUUAAUAAAGUUGUAACCUGCA